AUGUCGCCCCUCCCACCACAGAAUGGACGAUUACGAAACGGUCUAGAGAAGCAGAAUGCUUUGGAUCGGUUUCGAGUGUUGGGGAAGGACAGAGGAAACGACGUCAAAAGGGACCGGAAGACCUUAAAAAAAGAAAAAGAAAACAAAAUUGAUUUCAGUGAUGACUGCACCCCAUCCUUUUUUCAUUAUUUUCCCCAUCCUAGAACUGACAUCUUGGAGAGGUCUCCAUCCUUGAACUCUUUAAAAAGUAAUUUAACUUCUCAUGAACUUACACAUACUAACGAGAGGCCAUAUCAGUGUGAUAUUUGUGGUAAAUCAUUCUCUAAAAAAUGUAAUCUUACAAAACACAAAUCCAUUCAUUCAGGAAAGAAAGCAUAUCACUGUAAUAUUUGUGGGGAAGCACCAUAUCACUGUGAUAUCUGUGGUAAAUCAUUCUAUCAAAGUGGUAACUUAACGAAACACAAGCGUAUUCAUAAAGGGGAGAAAUCAUAUACCUGUGAUAUCUGUGGUAAAUCAUUCUCUAAUGGCAGUCACUUAACUCGACACAAACGGGUUCAUACAGGAGAGAAACCUUAUCAUUGUGAUAUCUGUGGUAAAUCCUUCACUUCAGGAAGUAACUUGACAACUCACAAACACAUUCAUACAGGGGAGAAACCAUAUCACUGUGAUAUCUGUGGUAAAUCUUUCUAUGAUGGAAGUAGCGUAACUACGCACAAACGUAUUCAUACAGGGGAGGAACCAUAUUCCUGUGAUAUCUGUAGUAAAUCUUUCUCUCAAAGCAGCAGCUUAACUAAGCACAAGCGUGUUCAUACAGGCGAGAAACCAUAUCACUGUGAUAUCUGUGGUAUAUCAUUCUCUCGAAACACUACCCUAACUACGCACAAACGUAUUCAUACUGGGGAGAAACCAUAUCACUGUGAUAUCUGUGGUAAAUCAUUCUCUGCUGGCAGUCACUUAACUAAACACACACGUAUCCAUACAGGGGAGAAACCAUAUCACUGUGAUAUCUGUGGUAAAUCAUUCUCUCAUAGCGGUAGCUUAACUCAACACACACGUAUCCAUACGGGAGAGAAACCAUAUUCUUGUGAUAUCUGUGGUAAAUCAUUCUCUCAUAGCAGUAGCUUAACUACUCACAAAUGGGUUCAUACUGAGGAGAAACCAUAUUCCUGUGAUAUCUGUGGAAAAUCAUUCUCUAAUCACAGUGUCUUAACUCAACACAAAAAUGUUCAUACAGGGGAGAAACCAUAUUCUUGUGAUAUCUGUGGUAAAUCAUUCUCUGAUGGCACUAACUUAACCCAACAUAAACGGGUUCAUACAGGGGAGAAACCAUAUCACUGUGAUAUCUGUGGUAAAUCAUUCUCUUUUGGCAGUGCUGUAAUUCAACACAAACGUAUCCAUACAGGAGAGAAACCAUAUUCCUGUGAUAUCUGUGGUAAAUUAUUCUCUCAUAGCGGUGGCUUAACUCAACACACACGUAUCCAUACAGGCGAGAAACCAUAUACCUGUGAUAUCUGUGGUAAAUCAUUCUCUCAGAACAGUAUCUUAACUAUACACAAACGUAUUCAUACAGGGGAGAAACCAUAUACCUGUGAUAUCUGUGGAAGAUCAUUUUCUGUAAGCGGUAGCUUAACUAAACACAAGCGUGUUCAUACAGGGGAGAAACCAUAUACCUGUGAUAUCUGUGGUAAAUCAUUCUCUCAGAACAGUGUCUUAAAUCAACACAAACGUAUUCAUACAGGGUAGAAACCAUACCCCUGUGAUAGCUGUGGUAAGACGUUCUCUGGAAACAGUCACUUAACUAUCCACAAAUGCAUUCACACUCAAGAAAAAUCAAUUCACAGUGAUAUCUGUGGCAAAUCAUUUCUGAUUUAAACAAGUCUUUCCUUAUGAAGUGCAUCCCUAACAGUGAUAUUUGUUGUAUAACAUUUCCUCAGAAGGACAAAGGACGUAUCUUAUAAAGACAUCCACAGAAUAUAGAAACUAUAUGAAUGUGACAUCUAUAGUAAAUCUUUGACAUGAAAUUAUCCAUUUUUGAAUCAAAAGAGCAUUGACAGAGGAAGGAAAACAUCACUGUGAUGUUAAACCUGAAUCAUUCUUUCAAAAUGGUGAAUUGUUUGUACACAGUCCUAUUAAUAUGAAAGAUAUAACUGUAACCUAAGCUAUUCAUGCUAAAUCAAUCUAUGAAAAUGAUCAAUUAUUGAAAUGUAAAUGCAUUGAUACAGAAGAGGAACCACGAUGAUGAUGAUCCUCAUCAGUUAGCAUUCUCCUAUUCAUGCUUCUGUGGAUCAGAUAGAAUUCCUUGAUGGAGAUUUUCUACAUCUGGGUACCUUUCUUGUGACCAAUCUUCACAUGUUUCCAAGCAAGGAAAUAUUUUUCCUGGUGAGACAUAUUUGACACAGAGGACUGGAAGUGAACAACUGCACAAGUAUGACGGUCAUGAUGGCCCUUUACGAACAUCACAUAAUAUCUGGACAUGGGUACAUACACACUCACAUAUGUAUGUCUGAAGAAUUUCUUAUAGGAAAUAUCUUACAUGUUUUCUACACAUCUAAAAGCUUUUGAUUCCUAUUAGGAAAUGAAACACAUGUAAUGCUGAAUAAAUAAUAUCAAACUUUU